CUCACUCCCAACACUCAAGUACAAAUCAUGCUCACAGAAGUGAAGUUUAUUACUCAUUUGGAUAGACAUCCUUGCUUGGUGAUAAGAUAGCGAUCCCAUAUACGUGGUUUUGUAGCGAAAAUUAAAUUUUUGAGCUAAAUCUGUACUAUCUUGUUUUAGAAAGAUUAGGUCGGCAAUAUGUUAAUAUCGGCAUCAGUCCCUUCUUAGUGAGAUAAACCAAUCAGGCUACUUUGGUUCAUUGCUAGGUGUAGGCCCCCAUAUGAGCCUUCUCUUUAUUGAACUAGGAAACUUUUGAGAAGAAGAGAGUUACUUUUUAGGAAUUAACUUUAUGCACACAUUUUAUCGAAGCUUCAUAGCGAAUGUAUUAAAAGUUCGAAGAAUACGAUCUUUUUCAAACAGUCUAAUUUUAGCCUAGAAAUGGAAAAAUUGAUUGAUCGGCCAAACCAAGUGCCAAACAUAGAAAACCCAUAUUCUAGCAUAAGGGUAAGAGCAUAUCCACAAUAUUUUAUCUUUUUACGGUUUUUACCGAAUUUGUAGCUGAAAGCAAAAGCCCUCUGGAAUUCCUGAAUUCAAAAAGCUCAGAGAAUUGUUGAUAUGUACAACAGGUUCUCGGGUUAUAAUAAAGAAGUUGAUGAGUACAUAGCUGAUGUGGUCAAAGAAACCAUCCAAAACACUUAUACGAAGUACAUCCAGAUAGUCUGAGGAGUCACCAUUGGACUCUCAGCAGUCAGUGCAGUCAUGAGUAUUCCAGACCCAAAAGAUGUUGAUAAAGCUGCAAAAUUGCAGACCUGAUACAACUCAAUUGUAUUUGCAGUGAUAUUUAUGGGGCUGCUCAUAUGUCUCAAGUACAAACCGAUUUAUGUGAUGUAUUUUGUACCUCUUCUGUCUGGUGUCAGCAUGUAUAUGUGCAAUUUGCUGACUUUAGAAAAAGAGACUUACAAGCCCAGUGAAUAUCAUAUUGCUGGCACUUGCAUUGCUCAUCUUCUGCUCAUACUAGUUCCGCAUCAGUGGAAGUCCAGCUGCCUUGUGUUUUUUAUUUUGCAGUUAUAUUUUGUAUACUCAGUUUGGGUCAAGUUCAGUUUCACUGAUAGCGACAUUAUUGGAAACAUGGUUUUCUCAUGCCUGUGGUUUACAUUAUCAUCGUUCAUGCUAAUGAUCAAGUCUAGAACUAUGUACGCUGAAAUUAUCAAGAACAAAAAAAUACAAGAAAUGAAGAAGGUCCUCCAGAUCCUUCCGUUAGGAGUAGUCAUUUGGCCGUCCCAAGCAUCUGGAAAAUGGUUCACAAAUCAUGAAUUUAACAAGAAGUUUACAAAAAUCAGGCAGGACCUUGACGAGCUUGACGAUAUUGAUGUCUCAUUAGUCGACAACACUGGUGCAAACAAAGCUUAUAAAGACAUUCCAACCAACCUUGCAUCGCUACUCAGAGCUCAGCAGCAAGCGCUUGACAGCAAAGACGCAAUGAGUGACACAGACGUCACCAUUCAGUGCAGUAAGUUCCCAGCCAACGUGCUUGGCAAUGAUGAUGCUGAGAGUGAACAGAGGACAUGUAGGAUCAAAACUCUGAUGGUCGAGUGGGAAGGAGUUACUUCGUAUAUGCAUGUCUUCAUUGACAACACUGGAGUGAUCAAGCUUGAAGAAGCCAAAAACAACAUCAAGUGACAGAAGAUCAUGUUUGCGAGCGCUUCGCACGAGUUUAGGAAUCCACUGAACUCGAUCACGAACUCCAUUGACAUUGUGUUUGAUGCAUUCAAAGCAAUCAACGAGGUAGCUCAGCCUUAUUUUGCUAGCCUCAGUGGUGAAACUCAAGAUUUCAUCACCAUGAACACAGAAAUGCUGGCCAAGUUUGUCAAGAUAGGCAAGAGCUCAUCGUUCUUAUUGCUGACGCUGAUCGAAGACGUGUUGAAUCUGUCCAAGAUGGAGGCAGGCACCUUUGCCAUUUCAAAAGAACACUUCAAAGUAGAAAGGAUCCUCACAGAUGUAUAUGACAUCUUUUCUAUGCAGUGUCAGCGCAAAGCACUGGCUCUUGAUCUGCAUAUAUCUGAGGCAGCCAGACAGCGAGAGAUAUAUUCAGACGAAAUGAGGCUAAAACAGAUCAUACUGAAUUUGGUCUCGAACUCGUUGAAAUUUACUUUCGAUGGUGCCAUCACAAUCAGCUGCAGAUUACUUGAGCAUGAUGGAGUCUGCGUUGCUGAGUUCAGCGUCAGAGACACCGGCGUUGGCAUCAGCCGUGAGCAACAGAAAUAAAUUGUUCAAGCUGUUCAGCAUGAUCACUGAAACCAAUUCUUUGAAUCCGAACGGAAGUGGAAUCGGCCUCACCGUCAGCAAGAAGUACGUUGAAGCCAUGGGAGGCCAGAUCAGUCUGGAAUCAGACGAAGGACAAGGAACCCUAGUCACAUUCACAAUCCGAGCAGACGAAGAUGUUAAACAGCCUGAAGACAUGGUUAAAGCAAUAAAGCCUGCAAAAGAAAUAUGGGACAUUCACGAUUCGAGUGAAGAAGGUAGCAUCCCUAUUGAUCUCAUCAAAAGAAUCAAAACAGGCCGUUGCCAAGUGCCAAUUCACCAAUGUAGAGAAGAGCGUAAAGAGUAAAGUUAU